AUGUUCUACACCUGUGGCCCCAACGAGGCGAUGGUGGUGUCAGGAAUCUGUCGCUCCCCUCCGCUGAUGAUCCCUGGAGGACGGGUGUUUGUCAUCCCCUGCUUGCAGAAGAUACAGAGGAUCUCCCUGAACACCCUGACGCUGAACGUGAAGAGCGACAAAGUGUACACUCGUCAUGGCGUCCCCAUCUCCGUCACCGGUAUAGCUCAGAUGAAGAUCCAGGGUCAGAACAAACAGAUGCUGGCCGCAGCCUGUCAGAUGUUUCUGGGGAAGUCUGAGGCUGAGAUCGCUCACAUCGCUCUGGAGACACUGGAGGGGCACCAGAGAGCCAUCAUAGCCCACCUAACUGUUGAAGAGAUCUACAAGGACCGGAAGAAGUUCUCAGAGCAGGUCUUCAAGGUGGCCUCCUCUGACCUGGUCAACAUGGGGAUCAGUGUGGUCAGCUACACACUCAAAGACGUCCACGACGACCAGGACUACCUCCACUCCUUGGGGAAGGCUCGUACUGCCCAGGUACAGAAAGACGCCCGCAUUGGAGAGGCCAAGAACAAGAGGGAUGCGGUUAUCAGGGAGGCCCAUGCGAUGCAGGAGAGGAUCUCGGCCCAGUAUAGAAACGAGAUAGAGAUGGCCAAAGCUCAGAGGGACUACGAGCUGAAGAAAGCUGCUUACGACAUGGAGGUCAACACCAAGAAGGCUGAGUCUGAGAUGGCCUACCAGCUGCAGGUAGCGAAGACGAAGCAGCGCAUCGAGGAGGAGAAGAUGCAGGUGCAGGUGGUGGAACGCUCGCAGCAGAUCCUCCUGCAGGAGCAGGAGAUCACCCGCAGGGAGAAGGAGCUGGAGGCUAAAGUCAAGAAGCCGGCGGAGGCUGAGAGGUUCCGCUUGGAGAAGCUGGCUGAGGCUCAACGUCUGCAGUUGAUCAUGGAGGCAGAGGCCGAAGCUGAGUCCAUCAGGAUCAAAGGCGAGGCAGAGGCGUUUGCGGUGGAGGCGAAGGGUCGUGCCGAGGCGGAGCAGAUGGCCAAGAAGGCUGAGGCCUUCCAGCAGUACAAGGAGGGUGCCAUGGUGGACAUGCUGCUGGAGAAACUGCCUCUGAUGGCAGAAGAGAUCAGCAAGCCUCUGUCCGCUGUCCACAAGGUCACCAUGGUGUCCAGUGGCGGAGGAGAGGUCGGAGCAGCCAAACUGACCGGCGAGGUGUUGGAUAUUAUGACACGCCUGCCAGAAACAGUUGAAAAAUUGACGGGGGUUAACAUCUCACAGUGUUGUGACAUCACCCCCUCUGGGCUCUCUGUAAGGGCUCUGGCUGCCUUUGGAAUCAAAUCAGAUUAUAAGACAUCCUCAUUUAUGGCAGUUCUUUGA